GCUGGGCGUCUUCCAGGUCCUGCUGUCUUGCUGCCGCCCGGGAGGGACUCAGGGACAAGCGAUCGAGCCCUUGCAGAACGUGGUGGAGCUGUGGCAGGCAGAAGAAGGGGAACUCCUGCUGCCCACUCAGGGUGAUUCUGAAGAGGACAUGGAGGAGCCUUCUCAAGAACAGAGCUUCUCUGAGAAACUAUUUAGUGGAAAAGGCUUACAUUUUCAGCCAUCAGUUCUAGAUUUUGGAAUGCAGUUCCUGGGACAUCCUGCAGCAAAGCUUCUCUAUGUGUAUAACCCCAACAGAGACAGUGAGGUUGUGGUGAACUCGGUGUUCACAGCUGCUAGACAUUUUCAUGUGCCUCCUGUCCAUUGCAGGGUAAUUCCAGCAAUGGGGAAAACUUCCUUCAGAAUUAUUUUCUUACCUACACAAGAAGGAAGCAUUGAAAGCUCUUUAUUUAUUAAUACCUCUUCACAUGGAGUCCUUUCCUAUCAUGUGUCUGGAAUUGGCAUUCGAAGAAUGUCUACUGAAGGGUCUGCAGAGCAGCUGCCGAAUGCUUCUUUUCUGCUUCCACAGGUCCAGAGCAUUCAGGUUUCACAGACACAGGCAGAAACCACUAAUACUAGCUUCCUGCAGGUACAGCUGGAAUGCAGUUUACAUAAUAAAGUGUGUCAGCAAUUAAAGAGCUGCUAUCUGGAAUCUGAUGAUGUUUUACACUUAGAAAUGAGCAUCAUUGUAGCAGUGGAAAACUCCUCAAAGGAAUUUGAAGAAAACACUCAAGACCUACUAGAUCAUCUCUCUAUUGUUUAUGUAGCUACAGAUAAAUCUGAGACCUUAGAUGAGUCUGCAGUAAAUAUGUAUGUAUUGCAUUCAGGAAACAGCCUUAUUUGGAUACAGGAUGUACAUCAUUUCUCACAGAGAAAUGCUCUGUCUCUGCAGUUUGAACCAGUACUACUACCUACUUCUGCAACAAACUUUACAAAAAUUGCCUCUUUUACUUGUAAAGCAGGUGCAUCCUGUGACAGCGAACUUAUAGAAGGUUUGAAGAAAAGAAAAACCACUCCAACACUAAAAGCAUGCCUCUCCUCUCCUGUGGUUCAGGGGUAUUUCAGAGUGGAGUCCUCCACAGCCCAGUUUCACAUAGAGAGUCAUGAGAACACAUCAGGUGUGUGGUCCAUAUGGUACCGCAGCCAUUUGGACCAGAGUGUUAUAUUAAAAGAUGUGUUUGUUUCCAAGGAGAUCAAGCACAUUUUAAAGAUUGCGAAUUUCACUGGCCCUUUAUUUCUACCUCCAGGCUGUUGGAAUAUAUUUUCUUUGAAACUUACUGUUAAAGACACUGUCAUAAAUCUGUUCACCAAUGUAUUUUUGACUACAAACACAGGUGCCAUUUUCGCAAUACCUCUACAGAUAUUCUCGGCCCCAGCCAAGGAAGGGAGUCUGGGUUUUGAAGUGAUAGCACAUUGUGGCAUGCAUUAUUUCAUGGGAAAAUCAAAAGCAGAAAAUCCUGAUUGGGCUGGGAGCCUUUCUCUGGAUCAGUCUACCUGGGGUAUGGAUUCUGAACGUGCAAAUAAUCUGUAUGAAAGAUGGAAGAAAUACAAGAACGGGGCCGUCUGCAGGAGGAAUGUUCUGGGAAUGACUCAGUUUGCCUAUGCAAAGAAAUCCAAGGAGCCGGAGUCCUUUAUUUCCUUUUUGCCUCGUUUGGUCACAGAGCCUGGCCUUGUGUUGAACUUCAGCGCCACCGCCCUCAGGAACAGUGUGGUGAAGUACUUUGUGGUGAGGAACCCAUCCUCUCGACCAGUCUCCUUGCAGCUCCUGCCUCUGUCCCUGUACCCGAAACCCGAAGCUGCAGUGCGCCUGCUGCACAAAUGGUUUGGCACAAAUAUGCAGAUGAUUAAUUUCACAACUGGUGAAUUCCAGCUCACCAAAGCUUGCCCUUACCGGGGUGAACCUUUGGAGGAGUCCAGUUUUGGCACCCUCCACCUGCAUUUGCAGCCUUUGGAAAUGCAAAGGGUUGGUGUCGUGUUCACGCCAGCUGACUAUGGAACAGUUACCUCACUCAUCCUGAUCCGGAAUAACUUGACUGUUAUUGACAUGGUUGGUGUAGAAGGAUUUGGAGCACAAGAGCUACUGAAAGUGGGUGGAAGACUUCCUGGUACAGGAGGUUCGCUGCGAUUUAAGGUGCCUGAGUCCACACUGAUGGACUGUCGCCGACAACUGAAAGACAAAAAGCAAAUUUUAUCCAUUACGAAGAACUUCAAAGUUGAAAAUAUCGGACCUCUUCCUAUAACUGUGGCAUCCCUGAAAAUCAAUGGCUAUAACUGCCAGGGUUAUGGAUUCGAAGUGUUAGAUUGUCAUCAGUUUUCCCUGAAUCCAAACAAAUCCCACGACAUCAGUAUCGUGUUUACUCCAGACUUCACUUCUUCCUGGGUCAUCCGUGAGCUGACACUGGUCACUGCAGCAGACCUGGAAUUCCACUUCACACUUAAUGUGACCCUUCCUCAUCACCUGUUGCCCUUAUGUGCAGAGGUGGUUCCCGGACCCAGCUGGGAGGAGUCCUUUUGGAGGCUCACUGUCUUCUUUGUUGGCUUGUCCCUGUUGGGUGUGAUUUUAAUAGCCUUCCAACAAGCACAGUACAUUCUGAUGGAAUUCAUGAAAACAAGACAGAGGCAGAAUGCCAGCUCCUCUUCACAGCAGAAUGGUGGUCCAGUGGAUAUAAUCAGCUCCCAUUCUCACAAAAGUACUUGCAAGAACUUCCUCGACACAUACUGCCCAUCUGAUAAAGGCAGAGGGAAAAGCUGCCUUCCAGUGGGUCCUCCCCUCAGCAGGAUCCAGGCUGCUAAGAGGAGCCCAGCCACCUAUGGUCAUUCUCAGAAGAAGCAUAAGUGCUCAGUCUACUACAGCAAACAAAAACCCAGUGCUCCUGCGGCUGGCAGCACCAGCACUACCACUGAGGAGAAGCAGACUUUGACCCUGGGAGGCUCCCUGUCUGCUGCCAAGGAGGAUGUUUGCACUGAUGUCCUGAGUGAGAACUGGGUCAGCCUCAAGUAUGCCAGUGGCAUGAAUGUCAACCUGCCGAAGAAUUUAACCCUUCCCAAAAACGUGCUGAAUAAAGAGGAAAACGCGAUGAAAAACACAGUUGUCAGUAAUACUUCUUCAGAAUGUAGUAUGAAGGAGGGAAUACAAACAUGUAUGUUUCCUAAGGAAACUGACGUGAAAACUUCAGAAAGCAUGGCUGAGCUCAAGGACCAGGAGCUCUGUCCGCAGAAGACUUCUAAGAAGCUCUCUGAAAAUCCUUUGCCGAAAACCCCACCUCAGUACCACCAGUCAGACUUGCUAGAAGUUUCCAGGAAACAUAAUGGAAAUAGCCAGCAAGUGCCUAUCAAGAAUGAAGUGAAUGACAGUUGUGAAACCUUGAAAAGGGUUGACACAAAGUCAUCUUCAGAAAAGAGGAGUCACAAAGCAGCUAAAGAAGACGUGUGUCCUGAGAAACAGGACACACCUUCAGUGGAGCAGGAAGAUCUUCACAGGAAGAAGAAGCUUGAAGAGAAAAGAGAAGGAAACGUGCCAAAUCUAAAUUGGAAUAAGAACCGAACAUGUAGAAAAAACAAGAAGAGGGGUGCUGCUCAGGCCUCCAGCUCUCCUAGGCCUUCUGAACAGAGUGAACUGAAACUUGUGUGCAGUGACUUUGAGAGGCCGGAGUUGAGCAGUGACAUCGGAAGCUGGUGUGUACAGGAAAGCACCAGGGAGAUUUGUAAAGCAGGUGUGGAAACUGCGGGCAGCUCCCCUGCACGGAGAGAGGCGGACAGUUACUACCGGAAGUCUGAGAAGAAGUGUGUGGACAAGUUUUGCUCAGACUCCAGCUCUGACUGCAGCAGUUCCUUGAGCAGCGUGCGUGCCAGCAGGGGCAGCUGGGGCAGCUGGAGCAGCAGUGGCAGCUCUGACUGUGACAGGAAGCCAGUGGUGGAUGCACAGCACUUCCUGCUGGCUGGAGACGGUGUUUCCCACCACAAUUUUCCCUCUGAGGCUCCCAUCGCCUUGAACCUCUCUCACCAUAUCUGCAGCCCCACAACUCAGUAUUUCCCUCCUGCCACUGCCCACAGAGCUGAGAGUGGCGUCCCGAAGUUCACAGAGCCUUCCCGUCCUGGUCCUCCUGCUGCAUCCGGGGGUGCUGAGGAAGAAAAGGGUCUGUAUCCACCCGGAGACCUGUGGUCUCCCCAGCCAGUGUGUCUGACCAGCAACUUCAACUGCCCUGUGGAGAACAGCACACCUGGUGUGACUCAGGAGCCUGCCCCCAUCCCUGACAGCAGUUUCAUUGAUUGGAGUGCAACUUGCGAAGGCCAGUUUCCCAGUGUUUAUUGCCCACUGGAACUGAAUGAAUACAAUACCUUUCCAGAAGAAAACAUGAAUUACACCAAUGGCUUCCCUUGCCCCACAGAAGUUCAGACCGACUUCAUUGGCCACGGCUCUCACUCUACCUGGAACACCCCAGCCAACGUGCCCACUGCCUGGGGACAUGCCAGUUUCGUCAACUCUCCAUCUUACCUCACCAGCACUCGAAGCUUGUCUCCCAUGUCUGGACUUUUUGGUUCCAUCUGGGCCCCGCAAAGUGAUGUGUAUGAAAAUUGCUGCCCUAUCAGUCCAACCACAGAGCAUUCGACCCACAUGGAGAACCAGGCAGUCAUGUGCAAAGAGUACUACCCAGGGUUCAAUCCGUUUCGUGCCUAUAUGAACCUGGACAUAUGGACUACCACAGCAAAUCGCAAUGCCAACUUCCCACUGGCCAGAGACUCUAGCUACUGUGGGAAUGUGUGAAAGGAUUGGGAUUUUCAACAAUGUGAAUAAAGGGCCUUGUGUUUUGAUUACUAGCAUAAACUGGUUGUUGAGAUAGAUUAUGACAUUGGUGGAUAUUUUGGCACUUUUAUAAAAAAUAAAUGUUUUUU